CUGCGCCAUGCUGCCCCUCGCCUCGUCCCGCAGGAUGGUGGCCCUGCUUAACCGGAUGCUUCAGGACUGCGCAGAGCAGGAGGAGAAGCUAGAGCGGAACCUGGCCCGAUGCCGGACUCUCCUUCAGACCUGGGAGGCGUCCAGUUGCGACCGCCAGCAUCUCAUCAGCAGCGCAGAGCGGUGUCCUGACCAACCCGCUGCCGUGCCAGAGUCGGGUCCUUCGCCCGAGGAGCUCCGGGAGCUGGAUCUGCUGACCCGAGCCCUGGAAAAGGCCGCCCGAGUCCGACAGAUCGCCACAGAGGCCAAGAAACAAGAGCAGGGGGCGGCGCCCCAAAAGACCGCCCCGCCAAGCCUUCCUCCGGGGCCGCAGCGGGCGGCGGGCCGGAAGGCUGCCUCGCCGGCCCCUCCCUUAGCACUGCAGGAGCCCACGCCUCUGCCCCAGGGGGGCCACCCCAAGUCCGUCUCCUACCGGCCCAAAGCCCCCUACAGAACGGACCCAAACAAGAAACGGGUUCGAAGGAGGGUCCCGGCUCCCCGUCUCGGGGGCCUGGCUCCCAGGGACGCCUCCGGGCCACGAAGGGGGCCCGGGUCAGGACAGCCCACCCAAUCGCCGCCCUCCCUCCUGCCUGGCGAGGGCAAGGGAACCAGGGCCCCCCAGGGGGAUGCUGCAGGGAGGGGGCCCACGGCCCCCAGUUCUCAGCAGAGGGUGGGAGGUCUUCCCGGCUCCGUCCCAGGCUUUGGCAGGACAAGCGGAUGCCGGAUGCCAGAAUCUGCCGAGGAGAGGACGGUUCCGGGGGCCUUCACAUUCCAGGAGAAUGGAACUCUGCUGAAGCUGCCCCAGUCCUACAAGAAACUCUACGCCCAAAACGCCAGCCUGUGGGCACAGAGCCAAGCCUGCCGGACCGAACCCGCUGCAGAGGAGGCGAGGGGGUGCUUCGUCGCCAAGAUCCAAGCGACCUUUGCGGCGCCGGGCUCGGUCCUCAGCCCCGGCCAGAUCUGGGAAGAAGUGCAGCUCCUGAGCGAGGCGUGCCGCCUGCUGGGCCGGCGUAUGGACCAGGUUGAGGCGUGUGCCGCACCCGGUGAGGAGCUGGAGCCCGUCAGCCUCCAGGCCCUGGAGCGGCUGGGAGCAGCGGUGGGCGGCUGUCUGCGUCGGCUGGAGGAGCUGCGUCGAGGCGUGGACCGUGGCCAGGGCCCACUGGUGGCCAGCGACCUCUGCAGCUGUGCCCGCGUGGGAGCCGUGGGCUGCCCCGCCGGCCGGGCCCCGGCUGUCCCGCUGCUGACGUACUCCAGCGCCCAGGAGCUGCAGGAACUGGCGGCGCUGAGACUGCGGGUGGCAACCCUGACCCGACAGAUCCACCUCGAGAAGGUGCUGAUGGCAGAGCUACUUCCUCUGCUGGAGUCCCGCUGGCCCCAGGAGCCCGGGCUGUACCGGGCAGUGCACACACAGCUCUGUGACGGGGGCCGGCGCUUCCCCGUGCUGCUCUGGGACGACCCGCCCGACUGACCCCUCGACCGGACGCCGCCCUCCCUCCCAACCCGUGGGCCGAGCUGCCGCCGGCAGCCACCCCUGAAAAGACCUCACCCCCCACCCCAGAAAAAAAAGCGAACGUUCACUUUCCUCGCUGUCUCUGCCUUCCUUUGUCUCUGCCAGGGCCCUCGCCCAGA